AAGAAGCGACCGCUACCUAGUUGGGAAAAGGCGUGGUCUCCUUUAGGUGUGUUUCCAACACAGUUCUUUCAGUUAUAAUAUCUUCUAGUUCAGUAAUCAUGUCAGCAUCAGCAGACUUCAGCAAUCCUCUGAGGAAGUUCAAGCUCGUCUUCUUGGGGGAGCAAAGUGUUGGGAAGACUUCUCUUAUCACACGAUUCAUGUAUGACAGCUUUGAUAACACAUAUCAGCCAACUAUUGGAAUUGACUUCUUUGCAAAAACAGUACACUUGGAAAGUAAGACGGUUCGGCUUCAGUUGUGGGACACUGCUGGUCAGGAACGGUUCAGAAGUCUCAUCCCCUCCUACAUACGUGACUCAACUGUGGCCGUUGUUGUGUAUGACAUUACAAAUGCCAACUCAUUCCAGCAAGUCAACAAGUGGAUAGAGGAUGUUCGAGCAGAGAGAGGUAACGAUGUCAUCAUCAUGCUGGUGGGCAACAAGACGGAUCUGCAGGACAAGAGACAAGUCUCCAUGGAAGAGGGGGAGAGGAAAGCACAAGAACUCAAUGUCAUGUUCAUAGAGACCAGUGCCAAAGCAGGAUACAAUGUCAAGCAGUUAUUUAGGAGAGUUGCCGCUGCAUUACCGGGAAUGGAGAGCACACAAGAGAAGCAGAACAGAGAUGAUUUAAUCGAGGUGCGACUGCAGGAGCCUUCCACAAGUCAAACAGAAGACCCAAAGCAAUGUUGGUGCUAACUGAACUUAUCAUCGAUUUUUUAGAAAUUUAUUAUGAUCCAUACAAUUAUGAUUGGCAUACUCUUCAAUUUGCAUUUGUGCGCUCUGCAAUCUUUGA